CAGUACGACGUCAAAUGAAUCAUCGAACCGUCGUCACACUUUUCUAUUUUCAUCGUUUCUUUUUGAUUCCUCAAUACCGAUGUCAUUCCAACCCUGAACACUGUCGAAGACACAACUUCCUUUCUUUCUUUCCCAGGACAAGUAAAACAGGAAGAUGGCAACGAAAAGAAAGAGUGCGGCGUCGGGACUGGAAUUUCCAGGACAACAUGUUUACGUCCGUACGACCAACGAAGAUGCCGAGGCUCCUGAACAUCAAGCCCGCGUGCAGAAUUGGAUUCAAGAGUACGAGAAGAACCGCCAGGUUUUCGUCUUCCCAACUCCAACCGUACGCACUUUCUCAACUUUGCUACUAGUGCUUGGAUUGCUGUCUCUUUUGAUCCAGAUCGCCUCGUCGUCAUUGCGCUAUGCGUUUGUGCCAAGUCUCCUCGGCUCUGGUAUCUGGAUCGGCAUGUUUUGCGUGGCUACGGGUGCUGUUGGCUGGGUUUCUUCUAAGAGGCUGAGUACUUCAAUGCUACUAGAUUUUAACAUCAUGGCUCUGAUUUCGACCGCUCUUUCGGCUAUUAUCAUCGUUCUUAACAGCAUUGGACUGGAAAUGUAUACAAAGCUAUGCUUCAAGUCGAUGAUACCUACGAAGGAAAAUUUGAUAACAAGCGGGAAGAAUGAAACGGAACUUACUGCCGGACAACAGCCGACGACGUCCUCUGCCGCCGUGAAUUGGAUCGGCGAAUGCGAUCAAGCAUCAUUCAUACUCAUGGGCAUUGUGGUCUUUAUUCACGUCCUUCUCUUUCUGACAUCGGCGAGUUGCAGUUCUUACAUCUGUCGGGCCCUGAACUCGUCUUACAGCGUUCGCGUAAGUCCGACCCAGGCACCACCGCUAGUGAUCUAUCAUAGCGAUACUGUCGAAGUAGACAAAAGCGGACCAGGCGCAUCUUCAGCUGCAAGCGCCGGAGCUGCUGGAGUUGCUGCUGAAAAAAUGAUGGAGAAGCUACACCAUCCAGGAUUAGAGAGAGGACACGAACACCAUGGCGGAGGAUUCAAUACUCCAGCUGUGCCCUAAAAACUUGCUGUUUUUCAAGCCAAUUUAAAAUUUAGUAUCUUCAAUCAUUCAUUUCAUUCCAACUUCAUUAGAUGAUUGUGUGGUUUUACUAGGAAAUGUUUAUCAAUAAAGCCUAACUGUAACGA